CGUCCUGUCCAACGGAGCAGCGAUGGCAUUCCGCAGGCAGCAGGGGGAGCUGACGGAGUACAAGAAGAGCCUUAUCAAGCGGGACCUGGAGAUGGGAAUCGUGAUGACCGUGUUCAGGCAGAAGCCGGAGCGUCUGACUGUGCAGGUCAUCAUGGAGACCAGACAAGUGGCCUGGACUCGUACCGCGGACAAGACGGAUGGCGUCUUGGAUCUGCAUGAGAUUCGGGAGGUGCGCCCGGGGAGGAAUUCCAAGGAUUUUGAUCGUUGUAAGGACUGCAAGGACAGACACGACGACAAAACCUGCUUCACCAUCUUUUACGGGUCCCAGUUCGUUCUCAACACCCUGAGCCUUGGAGCUGACACAGUGGAAGAUGCAGAGAAAUGGCUGAUUGGUCUGGAGCUGCUGAGACAGGAGACACUGGAGGCCCCCACCCCUGACAUCAUCGAGAGCUGGUUGAGAAAACAGAUGUACUCCAUCAGUCAGACAAAGAAGAACAGUGUCACUAUGAAGGAGCUGAAGUCUCUGCUGCCACAGGUCAACCUGAAGGUCCCUAAUGCACGUUUCCUGAAGGACAGGUUUGCGGAGAUUGGAGCAAGGAAAGAUGUCCUGGAUUUCGAGCAGUUCCACAAAUUCUACAAUAUCCUAAUGUUUGAAAAUCAGAAGAGCAUUCUGGAGGAGUUCAAGAAGGAAUCCUGUGCUUUCAUCAUGGGUAACACAGAUAAGCCCGAUUCCUCUGCUGUGCUCCUCUACGACUUCCAGCGGUUUCUUCUCUAUCAGCAAAAGGAAUCCUGGGCAAAUGACCUGAACCAGGUGAGGGAGCUGAUGACCAACUUUAUUGAUGACACAAUGAGGAAGACAAACGACCCUGAGUUCACAGUCAGCGAGUUCCUCAGUUUCCUCUUCUCCAAGGAGAACUCUAUCUGGGAUGAGAAGUUCUCAGAGGUCUGCAACCUGGACAUGAACAACCCGCUGUCGCACUACUGGAUCAACUCUUCACACAACACAUACUUGACAGGAGACCAGCUGAGAAGCGAGUCGUCCACAGAGGCAUAUGUCCGCUGCUUGCGUCUGGGCUGCCGCUGCAUUGAGUUGGACUGCUGGGAUGGACCAGGAGAACCAAUAAUCUAUCACGGCUGGACCAGAACCACCAGGAUCAAGUUUGAGGAUGUGGUGAAGGCCAUCAAUGACCAUGCCUUUGUGGCAUCUGAUUACCCCCUGGUGCUGUCCAUCGAGGAGCACUGCUGCAUUGAGCAGCAGAGGCAGAUGGCUCGUAUCUUCAGAGAGGUGUUCGGGGACAAGCUGCUCAUGGACCCCGUCGAGCUCAUCGCCGACCAGCUGCCCUCCCCGACGCAGCUCAAGGGCAAGAUCAUCAUUAAGCACAAGAAACUGAGCAUGGGGGACAGCCUUAGCAGGAUGGAUGACACCUUUGGCCGAGGAGACCUACGGAACACGGAGAAGCAGGGAGACCUUUACAUCUGGGAUCCAGUGGAUGAGCAAUGGAACCGGCACUACUGCAUGAUCGCAGACGAUAAGCUCUACUACGCUGAAGAAUACGAGGAGGAGGAGGAAGAGCCCAGGAAGGGUAUGAGGCCGACGGAGCUGCAUUACCGCGAGCCCUGGUUCCACGGGCGCAUGUCUGAGGGCAGGCAGACAGCGGAGCGCCUGCUGCAGGAGUUCUGCGCUGAGUCCGGGGGCCGCGACGGCACCUUCCUGGUGCGGGAGAGCGACACCUUCGUCACGGAUUUCACCCUCUCCUUCUGGCGUGGGGGAAGAGUGCAGCACUGCCGGAUCCGCUCGUCGCAGGAGGGCGGGCACGCGGUCUACUUCCUGACGGAGAACCUGCACUUCUCCAGCGUGUACGCGCUCAUUGAGCAUUACCGACAGAACCCGUUGCGCUGCCUGGAGUUUGACCUGCGGCUCACCGACGCUGUGCCGCGCCCCAACCCGCACCUCUCCGAAAACUGGUUCUACAGUAACCUCAGCAGAGGGGAGGCGGAGGAGAUGGUGAUGAGAGUGCCUCGUGAUGGAGCCUUCCUUAUCCGCCAGAGAGAGACCAGUGAUUCCUUCGCCAUCACCUUCAGGGGCGAUGGUAAGGUGAAGCACUGCCGUAUCCAGAAGGAGGGCUCCAUGUUUGUCCUGGGCUCCUCCACCGAGUUCGAGAGCCUGGUAGAGCUGGUCAACUACUUCCGCAAGAAGCCCCUCUACCGCAAGAUCAAGCUGCGCUACCCGGUCACGGAGGAGCUGGUGAAACGGUUCAGUGCGGAAAGAGACUCCACCUGUAUCUAUGAUGUGAAGAUGUACGUGGAACCCAAUGAGAUCGAGCCGUCUAUGCCUCAGAGCACUGUGAAAGCACUAUAUGACUACAGAGCAAUGAGGAAUGAUGAACUCAGCUUCGCCAAGGGCGCCCUGAUCCACAACGUGUCCAAAGACAGCAGUGGCUGGUGGAAGGGGGAUUAUGGUGGGAAGGUGCAGCUCUUCUUCCCUGCCAACUAUGUGGAGGAGGUGUCUAAUAGCAAGAAGGCGGAGCCAAGAGACCAGGUGAUAGAGGACAACCCCCUGGGUGACCUCUGCAAGGGUGUGGUUGAGCUCUGCAAGUGCAAUGUUGUGAGGGUUCCGCAGGCGAAGAACGGCAUGUCCUACGUGCUGACGCUGCAGAUGAAGGAGGACGAGAACACGCUGCCCUUCGACAUCGCCACCGACACCGUGGAGGACCUGUUCGAGUGGCACCGGGUGGCGUGGGACGCCACCCAGCGGGAGAUCAACAAACAGUUCCAGACUAUACAAAACAAAGAGAACGAGAAGAAGGACCUGGUGGCAAUCGAGAUGUCCGAGUUGGUGGUGUACUGCCAGCCCCGCAGCAAAGAGAAGGACUACUUCGACACAUACAGCUACAAAGAAAUCCGGUCGUUUGUGGAGAACAAGGCACCAGCAACGCGGGCCAGGGCGCAGGAGUUCCUCAGGUACAACCGCAAGGCGCUGAGCCGCAUCUACCCCAAGGGCCAGCGCGUGGACUCUUCCAACUACGACCCCUACCCGCUGUGGGUCUGUGGCUGCCACAUGGUGGCGCUCAACUUCCAGACCGGCGAUAAAUACAUGCAGCUGAAUAGCGCCCUCUUCAACCUGAACGGACACACGGGGUACGUUCUGCAGCCAGAGAUGAUGCGCACCGACAGCUACGACCCCUUCCCACAGCAGGACAAGAAGAAGGUGAAAUUCAUCAUCACUGUCAGGGUGAUUGCGGCCAGGCAUCUACCCAAGCCAGGCCGGAGCAUUGCCAGCCCCUUUGUGGAGAUAGAGCUUUGCGGACUCCACACGGAGGAUAGUAAAUUCAAGACUGUUGUCCGACAUGACAAUGGACUAAAUCCAGUGUGGCCCGCGCCUCCUGAACCAGUUCAGUUCAUGGUUUACGAGCCAGAGCUGACCUUCCUGCGCUUUGUGGUCAAUGAGGAAGACAUGUUCUCAGACCCAAACUUUCUUGCACAGGCAACCUUCCCAGUCAAGGGCCUCCGUUCAGGGUACCGCUCAGUUCCUUUGAAGAAUGGAUUCAGUGAGAGCAUUGAGCUGGCGUCUCUGCUGGUCUACAUCGAAGUGGAGAAGGUGGAGAAAGCGGAGGAGGAGCUCUACUCGUCCUUCAACCAGCUGCGCAAGAGGCAGGCGGAGCUGAGCAACGAGCUCUUCCUGUACGACACCCACAGCAACCUGCAGCGCUCCGCCCCGCCUCACCUCCGCGACGACCUCAUGCGGGAGUUCAGCACCAACGAGAGGCAGCUGCACAAGAUCCAGGACACCUGCAAACAGAAGAUGAAGGAGAAGAAGAUCAACAACAGCAAGUUCUACUCGUGAGCCCGACUGUUAUCACGCCUCAUUCCCUACACACCCCCCUUCCUCCUGCUCCUCUGCUCCUGAUGAUACUGGCUUCAGGCAAAAGUUGCCUGUAAGUGCUGAUCUAGGACCAGUUCUGCUGUGUAGCUUAUCACGGUUAAGGCGGAUGACUUACGCAUGUGCAUGCUGUACCUUUUUUUGGGUUAUUUGCGUGUAUUUUGUAUUUUACGUUCGUGGUGGUUCCUCCUCUCCUGCUGCAGAAUUGCUCCCAUUUCGAAUGUUAAAGCAAAACUGGAUUAAAUAAAGAUGUGAUGAACUCGGAAUGUAUUUGGGACGUGAGCUGCCACUGAAAUCCACCCACCCCCAGUCAUUUGGGCCCU